CAAAAACCGGCUGAUCAGACAACAUAAAAAAACAUCUGAACUCGAAACUCCACACCACACCACACCUUUAUCUCAUUUCAAGUUCUCGUUUUAAACCUCAAUUUAUCAGAUAUAAAUUGUGUGGAGUUGACCUGCCAACAUAAUUCAGAAUGCAGAGGUCUAAGAAACCCAAAUACGAACCUAUUUCUCCGACACACCAACCACCGUCAUCGUCGCUGCCACCACGGCUCACCCGAGAGCAGGAAGAUUCUGUUAUGGUAGCUGCCUUGACAAAUAUAGUAACAGGCGGCGGUGGUGGUGCCACCAUGGACACCACAACCACCCAUGAAUUCCGACUGUUUCCAUCAUUUGAAAGCGCAACCACAUCCUAUGUCUCCGAACCAGACACUUGUCAGUUCUGCAAGAUUAGUGGGUGUUUGGGUUGCAACUUCUUCGCGCCACCAACUAUGGAUGAUAAGGACUCGGAAAACACUGCGAUCAAGAAGAAGAAGAAGAAUUAUAGAGGCGUUCGCCAGCGGCCGUGGGGGAAAUGGGCGGCGGAGAUUCGAGACCCACGCAAGGCGGCGCGUGUUUGGCUCGGUACAUUUGAUACGGCGGUGGACGCGGCGCGGGCUUAUGACCGGGCAGCCAUUAAUUUCAGAGGGCCAAGAGCUAAACUCAAUUUUGCAUUUUCUGAUUACACCAUCAACACUCAACAAAGCACACAACUAUCUCACCCACCGCCACUACCGCCGCCGCCACAAACACAACUCCGGCAAGAAUUUCCAGGAAAGAAUGAGAUUCCGGCGGGAAUUGAAAUGGGAACGAGCAAAGAAAAAGAAUUCUGGGAAGUUAUUGGGGAAGAUGAAAUGCAAGAAUUUAUGAUGAUGAUGGAUUUCAAUGGCGAUUCAUCGGAUUCUGGUAAUGGAAUUGUUCACAGUGCCUAAGUAUAGCAAGUAGCCACCAAUUUUUUCUGAUUCUUCUGGGUUUUUUGUAGAAUAAAUUAUUGUUACAUAGCUAGUUCUGAUUUUACAUAUAACUAGUUGUAAAACUACUCACCAUUUUAAAGAAUUCUUGUAAUUUUUGUAUUCUUUUUAGCAUAGCUAGCUCUUAAUUUGUAUUUUUCAUGAGAUUUUUUUUUUUAUUCUUUGGUUGAACAAACUGACAUCAAAAUUGUCUGG